GACAACAUCCAACUGCUGCUGGAAGCUCUGACGUAGGCUACCUCUGCUAAUUUGCGGCUUUUUUUAGACUCCGCUCCGAGAACGCCAUUGGUCAGAGAAUGCCCCCUGUAGACCGCGCCGUAUUUCAUUACUGGGUAACGCAAACAUCUUUUGAAUGCCGGAAGGCAGCCAUUGGUGAUUCAAACUGUCUGCAAUAACGUCAGGAGAUUAGUGAAUCGCAGCUGGAAUGCGAGGUUGAUUCACAAAGGGAAGUGAGGAGGCAGAGCGACCGCGGAAGAUACGCAUCGGACAGCUUACAUCCCGAACAGCCAUGAAAGGAGAGCAUUUAUUUAACAACCUGCGGGGCUCACCAUUCAUCCAAAGGGUGUAUCGGCUGGGCGGCGAGGAGCUGGUGGUGCUUCAGGCCUCGGUGGAGCCGGCGCUGGGGGACAGCUUCCACCAGAUCACCGACUUCAACGACCUCCCCACCUCACUGUUUGCCUGCAAUGUGGACCAGAGCGUGUUUGAGGAGCAGGAUGGCAAGGAGAUGUUCGAGGUCCUGUUCUUGGCGUACGACGAGCUUGCCACCUUCCAGCUGUUCAAGAGUUUCCGGCGCGUGCGCAUCAACUUCAGCAACCCCAAAGCAGCGGCCAGCGCCAGAAUAGAGCUCCAUGAAACGCCAUUCAGGGGCAAGAAGCUCAAGCUCUACUUCGCCCAGGUCCAGAACCCCUCCUCCGACGGUGACAACCUUCACUUGGCUCCGCCCCAGCCCUCCAAGCAGUUCCUCAUCUCCCCGCCCGGCUCACCUCCCAUUGGCUGGCAACAGAUUGACGAGACCACCCCUGUCAUCAACUACGACCUCCUGUACGCCGUCGCCAAACUGGGCCCAGGAGAGAAGUUUGAGCUGCAUGCCGGCACAGAGUCCACCCCCAGUGUGGUCGUCCACGUGUGCGACAGCGACAUAGAAGAGGAGGAGGAACCAAAGAACUGCCCCAAGCCAAAAAUCAUCCAGACCCGGCGCCCGGACCUGCCCGUCUCCCACUGAACUCUCACCCACCCACCGCCACCCAUCAUCCCCUCACCCCUGCAACAUCCACCCCCUCACCCCUGCAACAUCCACCCUCUCUACCACCCCCCCCCCCCACUACCACCCAUCACCCUCUCACCGCUGCAACAUCCACCCUCUCUACCCCCCAUCACCCCCUCACCGCCACCAAGCCAGCACAUCUCUCCUCAGGCACUCACCGUGGGAGGAAUCAACAGAUCUUCAUCACCAACCCA